UGCAAUGGAGAAACCGCGUCUAGGUAGGCCUCCAACAUUAACGCAAUCAGCUCGUAAACGACAAAGAAAAGCAUCGUACGACAAAAAGAAGGCCAGAACUAUCGAUCUGGGAAAUUCGCUCGAGGCAUGGACUCGCCUGAAGAAUGAAAAUAAAUGCACAGACUCGGAGUUGGUGAAAAUGCUCAUUGCAUCACAUGCAAAAACAACCGUCUCGGCCAAAGAAAAACAUUCUGAGUCAGAGGAAAGUUCAACUUCAACACACUCAAAAAGAAGAAAGCUGUCUACACCAAAGUCAAAGCUUGUGGAACAACCACACUGGUCAAGUGAAUUGUCAGAUGUUGCACAAGCAAGUGUCAGUUCAGGAAUAUCUGGCGUCCAGGAGAUGUCGGACUUCACAGACAUGGACCAUGAUAGUCCGAACAGAAGUGGGGAAAGAGCUUUCAUAAGAGUGAAUAAUCCAGAUCCCCCGUCCAGUCCAGAUGCAGGUGCCAUCCGUGAUAGGAAUCAGACAUUGAGGUGAGCAACGUGCCAGAUGUAGGGCCGAUUGAAGCUGAGGUGCAUGGAGACUUUGGUGAUGAAGAGAAUGAUGACGAUGAAGAAGACAAUUGUUCCCCCAAGCUUCAGAAAUUGAAAAGCGUCACUGAGGAACACUGCAAGCAGCCCAUGUACCUGCUCACAGAUUCUUGUUUGGAUUCCCUGCUGGCUGACAUCCCAGUAUCCUGUAGAUGUAGGGAAAAACCAAAGCCGACAAAAAAGAGAGUUGGGUCGGCUGUCACAGUAAACUGGAUUUGUGAUUGUGGGAAGACGGUGAAGUCUUGGGCAAGCCAGCCAGCAUUGCGUUACGGCUCUUUUCUGGGCAAUUUUAUGCUCAUGGCAUCAACAAUUUUGUCUGGCAACAACUAUCAAAAAGUUGCACUGCUGGCCAAGUUCAUAAAUCUUGGUCUCCCUCAUAGAACAACCUUCCAAAAGAUCCAGGGACAUUUUGUCGCUCCUACAGUUGAGCAGUACUGGAGUAAUAUUCAAGCCUCAGCCAUUGUAGAGACCAGAGCCACAAAUGUAGUCAUUU